AUGUAUUUACACAGCAGAAAAAUUACAGUCAACAUAGAGAAGAACAAGAAGAACAUAAGAGGAAAAUCAUGUUCUCACUUAAAGACAAAUUUCCGCCAAGAAGAAACUGCCAUCCAGACAUCCCUAAAGGACAACAUAAAGGUGGACACCAUCAAUAAGAUGACAGAGGAUGAGGAGAUGAUGCAGCGCACAGCAUUCGGGAAGGCCCUGUAUGAUCUGACCCAUUCAGAGAGGGUGAUGAAUGAUCUGAUAUUUGGCCGGCGUGUGGGGUUUUAUGAGCUGAGGGGGGAGAUCGGCUCUGGCAACUUCUCGCAGGUUAGAUUGGGAAUACAUGACCUGACCAAAGAAAGAGUGGCAGUAAAAGUCAUGGAUAAAGAGCGCCUGGGCAAACACUCUCAGUCACUUUUUGCCUCUGAAAUCACUUGCAUGGAGAGGCUUGCCCACCCCAACAUAGUGCGCCUGUAUGAGGUGGUGGAAACGUUUAAGCGCCUCUACCUGGUGAUGGAGUAUGCCAGUGGAGGAGAGCUGUUCUCCCAUAUCAGCACCAGGGGACGCCUGUCUGAUCUGGAGAGCAAACUUGUGUUUUCACAGGUCCUGUCUGCAGUCAAGCAUAUGCAUGAUAAUGAUAUUGUCCACAGGGACCUGAAGGCUGAGAAUGUGUUCUAUACCAACACAUACUGCAUUAAAGUGGGAGACUUCGGUUUUAGUACAUUUUGCUGCUCCAGUAACAUACUUCACACAUUCUGUGGGUCUCCACCUUAUGCAGCCCCUGAACUCUUCAAAGAUAAAGGCUACAUUGGACAAUAUGCAGAUAUGUGGGCGCUGGGUAUUUUACUUUACUUCAUGGUAACUGCCACAAUGCCAUUCAAAGCUACAACCACAAACAGGCUGAAAUGUUGUAUCCUGCAAGGCUCUUUUGCCAUUCCUUCUUAUGUACCUCAGUCCUGCCAGGAGAUUAUUAAGGGCCUCCUGAGGCCAGUUCCUGUGGACCGCCUCUCUGUGACACAGAUCAUGACAAGUGACUGGAUGAGAGGCAUUGAAUAUCCCCAGGCCUACCCAUCUUACAGGUCAACACCCUCCCAUCUGGCCGAUCCCAACUACAUCCUUAACGCAGAUGAGCUAAAUGUGAAGGCGGUCCUGGAAGAUCUUGGCAUCACCGAGGGCCAUCUUCUCAACAACAGCUUAGACCUGAGAAGCUCUAUCACUGGAGCCUACCGGAUUUCACUUCAUAGAAUCCAGAGGAGGAGAUCUGUAGAAGCUAUGGGUUUCAGUCAAACAUGCGCCAGAGAUUUCCAGAACAGACCCAGACGAAGAGCAGGAUCAGACGGCUUGUUGCACAAGCGCCACUCUGUGGUCUGUAUCAUCAUGUAGGUUAACAUCUCACAAGUAUAAUUCAACAGUUUAAAAAAUGUUGGUACCUCCUUUCUGAUGGAGUAGAUGCAAGUUUGACUCCUCUUGGCACAGUUGUUAAUAUCAUCCCAUUGUCCCCUUUAUACACAAACAGAGGUUUAAAAACAAAAGCUGUGGCUUCAGUGGGAAGCUUUCUGUCAUAACUGUCCUGAUUUUUCAUGGCGUUUCUAAAAUAGCAAAACGUGGAUUCAUUUAUCAUGAAGGUUUCUUUGAAUGCAAAGUCAAGCAUUCAUACAGUGGCAAACUCCAUGAACAUAUUUGGCCCUUUUUGGCAACUAUAAUAACAGCUAAAGUUUCUGCAAUGUAAGUUUUAUUUAAACCCACUGAGCAUGACAGAAACAUCUCCAGGGCUUACAAUGACCAAUGGAUUCCUCCUUCAGUAGGGCAACAGGAGUGUGGGAAUAUUGACACCACACAGUUUUUUUG